ACCGCCGAGAGUGAGAGAGAGAUGGGAGAGCGAUUUUUCCGAAAUGAGAUACCGGAAUUUGUACCGGAAGAAGUCGGAGAAGAGGAGAUUGUUUCCGCAGGUAAAGAUUCGAUGACGAAACUGCUCUCACUUCCGUACAGAUCAUUCUCCGAGAAGCUUCAGAGAUAUGCUCUAAGCCUCAAAGAUACGGUAGUGAGGGAGACAUGGGAACGAUCUGGAAAACGUGUUGGAGACUAUAGCCUGUAUACUGGAGUUCUCGGGACAGCUUAUCUCUUGUUCAAAUCCUAUCAGAUCACAAGAAACGAAGACGAUCUGAAGCUAUGCUUAGAGAUUGUUGAGGCUUGUGAUGUAGCUUCAAGAGAUUCUGAGCGACUGACAUUCAUAUGUGGCCGUGCUGGUGUAUGUGCUCUUGGUGCUGUUGUAGCAAAGCAUCUCGGUGAUGACCAGUUGCAGGAUCGUUACUUAGCCGAUUUCCGUGAGAUUAGGCUUCCUAGUGGAUUGCCGCAUGAGUUGCUAUAUGGUAGAGCAGGAUACUUGUGGGCAUGUUUGUUCUUGAACAAACAUAUCGGGAAGGACACUGUCUCAUCUGCAAGAAUGAGAUCCGUGGUUGAAGAGAUCUUCAGGGAAGGAAGACAACUCGGGAAAAGAGGAAGUUGCCCGUUGAUGUAUGAGUGGCAUGGGAAGAGGUAUUGGGGUGCUGCGCACGGUUUAGCAGGGAUAAUGCAUGUCUUGAUGCAUAUGGAACUUGAACAAGAUGAAAUGCAAGAUGUUAAAGUUACACUAGCUUAUAUGUUUCUACACCGUUUCCCUAGCGGAAAUUACCUAUCUAGCGAAGGAAACGAAUCAGAUUGCCUUGUUCACUGGUGUCACGGCGCUACUGGUGUUGCUCUCACACUCGUAAAGGCAGCUCAGGUUUUAAGGACAGUGGAAUUGGUAGAGGCGGCCAUGGAGGCAGGAGAAGUGGUGUGGAACCGUGGAUUGCUUAAACGAGUAGGAAUCUGUCAUGGUAUCAGCGGGAACACAUACGUGUUUCUUUCUUUGUACCGGUUAACAGGCAAACCAGAGUACUUGUACCGAGCAAAGGCUUUCGCAUCUUUCCUACUCGAUAAAUCUGAGAAGCUUAUCUCAGAAGGUGAAAUGCAUGGAGGAGAUAGACCCUUCUCUCUCUUUGAAGGUAUAGGAGGAAUGGCCUACAUGUUUUUCGACAUGAACGACCCUACUCGAGCUCUGUUUCCAGCAUAUGAGCUUUAAAUAAAUGUAUUAAACUUCAAUCAAUGUAACAACCACCUUAGAACCUGAAUGUAGAAUAGCUGUCUAUAUUAUAUAAGGAAUUUAUACAUCACAAC